CCGGGUACUGUGGUACUUCCCUGCUUGCUUUGCGGUAAACGGUCCAACACUGUGAGCCCGUUACCGGGGAACCGACACACCGACCGAACCUGGGACCUGUCACUUUAGCAAUUAAGAAACAGCCAUGAACAGUGACUUUGCAGUACAUCCUUCUACAAAGAAUGGAAAUUCUGUCAAAUUAAAAGCAAAGAAUGUACGGGAGCUUCAUGUGGAAAAUAUACAACUUGAGAUACAAAACCAGGAGAUGGAGCAGAAAUUGAAUCAAUUGCGCCAGAUGAUGAGUAAAGAGAAAGAAGAAAGAGAGAGAUCAAAUGGGUACCAUUGGAAAUCGGGCCAAGUUGGAAAUCAAAAUCAAGAUAAAGAAAAUGUUGUGAAGGUUUCAUCUGGAAAAAUUAAAUUGAAAGUCCUUAAAAACCCACUGCCAGAGCCAGUGAAGCAGAAGACUGUUUCUAGAUCUGACACUACUGUAGAUGCUGAAAAACCGAAAACAAAAGGGAAGGUUUGUGGACAGUGUGAAAUCAAGAGUGCAUUAUUGAUAUGCUUGGAGUGUGGAGAAGAUUACUGUCCUGGAUGCUUUGCCAAAAUUCACCAGAAGGGGGCAUUAAAACUUCACAGAUCUAUGCCUAUUCAGGGAAAAUCUCAAGAUGGCAAAUUAGAUGUUUCUCGUGAGCCUAAAAUUCAACGGAAUUGCGAGGAAUCAAGAGAAAGACUUGCUUCAGACAAAGAUUUUAGUCGUGACAUGGUCUCAGCUGGUAUUUCUCCCUCUGUUUUAAAGCAAAAUGCCAAUGAAAAGCAGGCAUUUAAUUCAGCAUCAAAACAGCAUGUGCCCAGCGGUGGUGGAUUGCUGUUGCAUGGAAUGUUUGAUGAAGAUGAAUCUUCAAAAUCUUUCUCUGAAGCACUAAUGGAAUGGAGAAAUGAUCAGCAAGCCAUACACAGAAAAAAUCCCAUAUUGGAGAUGGAUACAGAUAACACAGGAAAUUCGGAAGCUCAAACUACAAUGACCACGCUUACAAAGCCAGUUGAACUGAAAUUUAAAGAAGAUGGGAUCAACUACCUGGAGAAACUAAUGCUUAAAAAAUAUAGAAGAACCCCAGUUAAUUAUGUUGCCAGUACAUCAUUAGAUAAACGAAGAUAUUCUAGUACUCCUGUCUCGGUGCAUGACCUGAAUGAUUAUGAUGGUUUGACAGCUGAAGAAAUUGAAGACCAUGAACAUUAUGUAGCUUUGUUCAAGCCAGAGAAACAUGUUACUAACAAUGGGAUGCAUGAACCCGCAGUAAAGAUUGUGGAACUAGAUGAGCCUCCAGAGGAAGAUCUUGAAGAAACUAGAGCUUGUUCAGUGUCUGAGGUGGAACGUAAAGAAGUUAACAACCAGCAAAGUUUUCAAAGUACAGGAUAUCCAAAAAGUACACCAGUUUGUACCAUGCUGUUAGACUGUACGCCAAUACAAGCUGUAAACAAGAGAGGGAACACUCCUCUGCAAUCAACUUAUUCUGUUCAAUCAAAAAGUGUUUCAUCGUCUUCUGAAGAUAAGAUGGUCAUACCUGCAGAUAAUAAAAAAGCAUCACUGCUGGAGGACAGCAAAUCGAUGAAAUACAAAACCUCUAACGACAACCAGAGACUGGAAUCAGCUUCAAUUGUGAACCUGACUACGGAGUUUGAGAACAUUGCUCUUAGGGAAAGGAACGCACUGUCGGAAUACCAUGGAUUUAAGGGAUUUUUCACUUUGGGUGUUGACCCAAAUGAAGUAAAGGCUGACCUCCGACCAUUAUAUUCCUAUGAGCAGUAUGAAGAAGGUAACAAGACCAUCUCUGCAGGUAACAGCUAUUGGAGACCAGAAAGUAGUUUAAGGGACUAUGCAGAUGACAACUUUGUGCAUGAAAUUGUUGAAAAGGCCCAGGCUCAGAAUCCCAGAAGUUUUGUGGAACACAGUUUAAGCCCCAGACCAUUUAGUCGAACAUUGAUGCAGAGACCGUUAACAGGGAGUUAUUCUGAAAGACAUUAUUCCAGAAAGUCUGAUUCCCACAAUAUCUCACGUCCUAGCACAGCCACAGCACGGCCAUUAUCAAGAGCAGCCUGUGAAAUUUCAGAAAUAGAAUGCAUUGACACAACAUAUAACGAUGACCCUCUCUCUGAAAAAAGUGAAGAGCAAGAAACACUGACUGACUUGGGGAAAGAAUUUGACUUAAUGAGAUGUCGCUCAGAUAAUAAAGAAGGUCUGCACCUAGCAAAAGUAAACAAAAGAUUAACAGAUGCUGGUACAAAGGCUCCCCUGAAAACAGAUCAGCCUAGAAAGAACUCACCCGUGCACUCUAUGAAAUCUUGGCAAAGCGGUGAUGGAGAAAGUGAUUCAUAUGAAGAUGAAGAGGACCUGCAGGACAAGCUUCAUGUUUUGUCACUUCAAUAGUUUUUUUUUGUUUUUUUGUUUUUUACUUGAUGACAGUUUGAUUUAAGAUCACUAUUUCACUUUUUUUCUUGUUUUGUUGAUAGAUAUAUAUGUAUUUAUAAUAUCUCUUCUCCCUUUGUUGACCUCUCUACUCUCUUUGUUGUCAGUUGUUGAAAAUUAAAGUUGUUUUGUCAUUGUGUGUGCAUUAUAGAUGGACAGAUGCUACUGAAUGAUGGAUUGCUGGAUAGAUUUAUUGAUAAAGUAAUAGAUUGGUUUAAAUGUUUGGAAACUCGCCAUGCUGUU